AAUUUUACCCUUAAAAAAUUAUGGUUUCUUCACUUUCUUCGUCUUCAGUCACUUCACUUCUCCAUAUUUUCCAAGUUUCCAGUUCUCACUCACUCUAAUCCUCGCUCCAAACACUUCCUCUCACCUCUCGCCGGCGCAUUAUCGGCGAAUUUUCUCCGGCGAACUCUCUUCGCUGCUGCAUUUCGUUCCGAUCGUCGGAAAACUUGAAGUAAACUCAAGAUGAGUUCAAGAAAGGGUGUUGAUGACUCGAGCCAUGCUGUUAAGAAAUUUGGAAGGGGGAGACCAUGGGUCCAACCAAACCCCCCACCAAAGGCAUGGGGUCAGCCCGACACUGCUCAUAGACUAGGCAUACGUAGCUAUAAUGCCUCGAACGGGAAUUGGUCUAUGAAAGACGGAUCGUCUCAACUGAAAGAGGAGGAGGAGGAGGAGGUUGAUGAAAAAGAGAAGGAACAUAAUGAUUCAGAGGAUGAUGAAGUGUACUCUGAUGAUGAUGACUAUCUUGUGAAUGAUGAUUCUGAUUCGGAUGAAGGACCACCAUCUCAUGAGUCGAUGAAGAACCAUAAGAUGUUGAAGGGGUUUUUUAAGAAAAUUGAUGCUCUGACAGUUGAGGAAAUAAAUAAGCCAGAACGGGAAUGGCAUUGUCCUGCAUGCCAUGAUGGCCCUGGCGCCAUCACUUGGUAUAAGGGUCUCCAGCCUUUAAUGGCGCAUGCUAGGACAAAAGGCUCUCAAAGAGUCAAGCUCCAUCGAACAUUUGCAGAUAUAUUGGAUGAGGAGCUUCGGAUAAGAGGAACUUCUGUGGUGCCUGCUGGAGAAUCAUAUGCUCAGUGGGUGGGUUUGAAGCAAGAGGUGGAAGAUCAUGACAUUGUCUGGCCUCCUAUGGUUAUGAUCAUGAACACAUUGCUGGACACUGAUGACAAUGAUAUGUGGAUUGGUAUGGGAAAUCAAGAACUUCUAGACUACUGCAAGGGCUAUGCAGCAGUAAAAGCUAAACACUCGUACGGCCCUAAGGGGCAUCGUGGUAUCAGCGUCCUGAUAUUUGAGAGCUCGGCUACAGGCUUUGAUGAAGCAGAGAGACUUCACAGGCACUUCCAACGACAGGGAACUGGGAGAAGUGAAUGGAAUAACAGUAGAAAGGCUCUGUUUUGUGCUGGAGGAAAGCGCCAACUAUAUGGCUUUUUGGCUAGGAAGGAUGAUCUUGACGAAUUUGAUAAGCAUUCUCAAGGAAAAGCAAGACUGAAGUAUGAGAUUAGGUCAUACCAUGAUAUGGUAGUUGUUCCCAAGAAGCAGAUGAGUGAGGAUAUUCAACAACUCACUUGGUUAAAGAAGAAAUCUGCCCUCUAUCAACGGGAAAAUAAGGCAAAAGAGGAAAUGAUAAACAUUCUUAGAGAGAAGUGUUUGAAUUUCUUGAAUGACUAUCAGAUCAUGAGAGAGAGAAUCAACGAACUGCAUGGGGAUAACAAAGAAGAGAUGAUUUUUCAGGAGCAGUUCUUUAAUGAUCAGAUCCAGAAAAUCCAUGAAGCAACAAAUGUGAAGGAGGACCAAUUUGAAAAGCUUCAGGAGGAGCAGAUGAAGAUUGAAAAUUUCGAGAAAGUACCCUCGAUUAUAGAGGAUGGUAGGCACAGGGCUGAGGAAGAAACCAAGUUUAAGGAGAUACCGAACCAAGAAGUUGAGAAGUAUUUGAUUGAGAGAGAGCAACUGAAACAGAUUCACAAUGGGAAGAAUAUUGAAAUGGAUAAGAGGUACAGGGAAGAGAAGCUGGAGCUGAAGAGGGAAUAUGACGCUGCUUUGACCGAGCUAAAGAACAAGUAUGCUUCUCGGCCCACCGAAGAUGAUGUUGGUGCUGGCGCUGGUGCUAUUGCAUAACUUUGGUGUACUUGGGAAUUAUGUAGAUACAGUUACAGAGGAUGGAAGAAAAACAUGUCAAUUUAAGACUUAACAAGGUAGUUGUAAACUCGUAAUAGAUGUCUGAAUUUUGUGUAUAGAAUGAUGAACUGACCUAAAGAUAGAUGACAUAUAGUGACGGUGUAAAUAGCCUAGGAUGGCCAAAGUAAUUUCGAAAUACAUGUUAGGACCAACUAUGCAAGGGGAAACCAUGUGUUCUAAAGGUAAUGUUUCUUCUGGUUCCCUUGAUCACUGUUAAACUUGGAUUAUUCCUAUACUGCUAUGCUCUAUUUUGCAAGUUUCUUUCCUUUUUAUGC